AUGAUUAUUUACAAAGAUAUCUUUUCUAACGACGAAUUAUUAUCUGAUGCUUACGAUUUAAAGGAAGUUGAUGGUGUUAUCUACGAAGCUGACUGUGCUAUGGUUAAGGUCGGUGGUGAUAACAUUGAUAUUGGUGCUAACCCAUCUGCCGAAGGUGGUGAAGAAGAUAUUGAAGAUGGUGCCGAAAUCGUCAACAAUGUUGUUCAUUCCUUCCGUUUACAACCAACUGGUUUCGACAAGAAAUCUUUCUUAACUUACAUUAAGGGUUACAUGAAAGCUGUUAAGGCUAAGUUACAAGAAUCCAACCCAGAUGAAGUUGCCGCUUUUGAAAAGGGUGCUCAAACUUACGUUAAGAAGGUCAUUGGUUCUUUUAAGGACUGGGAAUUCUACACUGGUGAAUCCAUGGACCCAGAUGCUAUGGUUAUCAUGUUGAACUACCGUGAAGAUGGUACUACUCCAUAUGUCGCUAUCUGGAAGCAUGGUGUUGUUGAAGAAAAGAUUUAA